ACAGCGUGGGGGGCAGAGGGCAGGAUCAGGGACACCAGAGUAUAAAUCCUCCAAGGGUCAGAGUCAUGCACCACACACACUCACAAGGACCAGAAGAUGCUCAAGAUGUCACCACAAGGAUGCUCAGUCAUCUUGGUAUUGCUACUGACCAAAUCAGUUUUCUGUUCUAAGCCAGGACUGGAGAUCAUCCCGGCCAAUGGAGAGAUUUUUCUUGGAGAAGGAAAGGACUUUCUAUGUAAAUCCAGCGUUGAGGCCACAAUAAAAUGGAUAAAUUCGGACGACGAAGAAAUUGAGGAUGAAGAAAGCCGUUACAAGCAAAAAAACAUUGACGAAAGUGUGAAGAGCCUGUAUGUGACCGCGUCCAAGUUCGAGCCUGACCGCGUGAUCCAGUGCCACGCCGAGUCCGAGUCUGGAGAGACUUCAACUGCACAGAUCAAACUGAGGAUUAUCCAAAAACCUAAAUUUGUGAAGGACGUGGCGACACGGAAAGAAUUCACUGCAGACUCCAUGGUUAGGCUGCCCUGUGACGUGGAGGGUAUCCCACGCCCCCAGGUCACUUGGUACAGAUACGGAAUGGCCAUCACUCCCCUCCCAGGUCACCUUUCGGCCAGUGCUGAUGGCACUCUGACCAUAGAGAAGAUCCAGCUUUCCGAUGCUGGGAUGUACUACUGCAUGGCGUACAUCAGAGAAAGGAACGAGAUGGCCUACAAGAAUGUGUCCGUCACUGUCAAUGCUGCCCCGAUCGUUCACUUCAACAACACAAACCCCAACAUCACCUCCAAAUCCAACACGUCCUUCACCUGCUUUGUGACUGGACACCCCGAACCUCAGAUCACAUGGAAAAAGGGUGAUGAGAAGGUUCCUCUCGAUGGGCAGAAGUUUGUUCUGAGCUCCAAUGGUCUGGAGCUGUCAAUCACUGAGCUGGAUAAGUCUGACGCAGGAGAGUACACGUGUCAUGCUGUGAACAGCUAUGGAGAGCACAACACAACAUUGUUCCUACAAGUCAUAGAUGUACCGCAGGGUGUAGGAGCCGGGGUGGUCACUGGAAUUAUUCUCCUGGUCUUACUGUUGACUCUUCUGGCUGUGGAUCUGACUUGCUACAGGACCAGGCGCCGAGGUUUCCUCAUGUACGUGGCCAGGAAUGUACUGGGGCAAUCAGCCCCACGAGUCAAGCUGGAGGACACUGACUUAAAGAAGGAGACCGCGGCCAAGAGUCAUGUGGUGAACAUCUCUGGCAUUGACGCCUGACGCACAACCUCUGCCUAUGGAUGGUGCAGAUGAGAAUGAACCAGAACAACCUACUGAACACAGAUGAUACAUCAACCUCAGUGCCCUGGACAAGACUCAAGACACAACUUAAAGGGCAAAUACAUCAUUAUGUCCUUGGUGAGGACGUGAAAGUUGUAACCCUUGCCGAUUCCAAAAUCGAAGGGGCCACAAAGCUCUACAGAGCACCUGAACUUGCACUACCAAAAUUGAUUUCAAAUCGGCAAGGGUCUGAGUUCACCCCCCACUGAAGACAUGUCAGGAUGGAUUUCCCCUUUAAAUUUGUCUCCCAAACGUUGCUAUUUAAUGAAUGGUUCCCCUUGUAAAUAUAACAUGUCUCCUGGUGAAUAUGGCAGGUAGCCUAAUUGUACAGCGCUGCGGAGUAUGCUGGCGCUAUAUAAUAAUUAAAGAUUAUUAUUAAUAUUAGGCAUUCACCCCCCCCCCCCCCAUAUGUCAUAACUAAUUAUAAUAUGAAUUACAAUUUAAUUAAUUAUGAAAUAUUUAGAUUCUUUGUACAUCCCCUAAUUGUUUGUACCCCUAAUGAGUGUUAUCCCCUCCCUCUGAACAUUUACAAUAAGGAAAUAAAAGGCCAGUGCAGUCUUUAGUAAAUAAGGCAUAAAGAGACUUUGAUAUUGAUGGAGACCCCUCAGAACAGGCCAUCGGUAUCAGAUUGGUGGGGGCCCGACUCCUGACACCCCUACUGAUCGGCUGGCUGAAGUGGGCCGUAGGUUUGGUAGUGGCCACGCCUGGUACUGCAGCUUAGUUUCAUUCAUUUGAAUGGGACUGAACAACACCAGGCGCUGCCACUGCCGGCCCCUUCAAUCAGCUGAAGUCAGCCCCCCGCUAAUCUGAUACUGAUGGCCUGGCCUAAGGAUAUGCCUUUAAUAUUAAAGUCCCGGAAGACCCCUUUAAUCAUAAAGAAAUGUUCUGCAACUUUUUAGUUUGUUACUGAUUUCAUGUAGCCUUCAGCGAUGUUUUUGUAAUGUACAGAGAAUGAUGGGAUUUUCUUCGCUUUGUCCACCUUGUGUAUUAUAAUAUCAUGUACAUAGAUUUUCUAUUGACUCCUGUGGAAAUCUCAUGAAUAAUUUUAAUUAAAAAAAGACUUCUUAAAGAAA